GCUCUGCUCCAGACCUGGUCCAGGAGGAGUUCUGGUUUAGACCUGGUCCAGGAGGAGUUCUGGUCUAGACCUGGUCCAGGAGGAGUUCUGGUCUAGACCUGGUCCAGGAGGAGUUCUGGUUUAGACCUGGUCCAGGAGGAGUUCUAGUUUAGACCUGGUCCAGGAGGAGUUCUGGUUCAAGACCUGGUCCAGAAGGGUUUCUGGUUUAGACCUGGUCCAGGAGGAGUUCUAGUUUAGACCUGGUCCUUGAGCAGUUCUGACUCAGAUCUGGUUCAGGAGGAGUUCUGCUUCAGACCCACAGAAGCAGCUGGUGGACUCGGGAGUGUUUUUGGGUCAGUACCAGGACUCAGAGACUGAAUCUGGGUCCAGGAGGACUUUGUGGUCAGAUCUCGGGUCUGGAGAGAGUUUGAAUAUCCGGGACACCCUGAGGACGUCUGGAUCCGACCUCCAACCUAUGUGGAUUUCAGAACUGACCAGGUGACUGUGGAGACUUUUAACUGGAUUUUGGACUCUGAAACCACAGUUCUGGAUCUGGCCCAGAGAGUUCCUGUUUGUGUCAAAGUUCUGGGUUCCGAUGAGACCCAGUUUGAGAGGAUCUUAGUUUGUGUUCAGCAGCUGCAGACUUCAGUCCGUUUGGAGAGUUUCUGUGUGUCUGGCAUGUGUGUGUGUGUGUCUGCUGUGGUGUGUGUGUGUGUUAACACAAGUAUGCAGACAGACUGGAGCCGCUCUCAGUUCUGUGCUUCAGUUUGAAAGAAGCUCUGCAGAGGAAAAAGCUGAGUGCACGUGUGUGUGCGUGUGCACGUGAAGGUCCAGUGUGACAGAGGCUCUGCAGGAGGGAAGCGUGCACGCCGGGCCGUGCACACGCCGGGCCGUGCACGCCUGUGAUGUGGAGCUCCAGGAUGCUGCUGCAGACAGAGAGGAGCCUGUAGACCAGGCGCUGCAGCGUUUGUGAUAAAACAUUAACAGCUGCUCAUUUUUACAGUUCAACUUUUCUUCAUAAACACGUCAGCGUUUUUAAACGGAACUUUGGUGGUUUGUAGUCCAGCAGCUCCCCCUGCAGGUCUGGACCUUCGUCUUGUCUAGUCUGCUUCUCGUGUGAUUUCUCGACCAUUCUGGAGUGUCUUCGUCUCCAUGACGACUGAGACAUGGUGUCAUAAAACCAUAAGCAAUUGUCACCAGAGACGAAUCCUUGGUUGGCAGGUCUCAUCUUCCCCAGAGACGAGAGAUCACGACUGCUGGACAACACCCCCAAAAACAAUUCAAAGAUUCCAUUGAAUGAAUCUGAAAAGGAUAUUCGAACAUGAAAAACUCCCCAUUGGGGGUUUAAUCAAGCUUUUAGCCCGUUAGCUACUUGGGGGCUGUGUCAUUCCGGUAUUCCAGACUCAGUUGGGUUAAGGUUGAUCAAUUCAACAUCCAUAAACUAAAUUUUUUGAUUGCUGAGUAGCCGGAGCAGGUGGAGUUAUUGACAGCAUCUGGGUGUGGUCAGGACAUCCAUUUGCUCAAUCGUUCCCUUGUUUUGCUUUAAUAUUUCAACUAGGGACUGAAAAUAGACAAGUGGUAAACAUUUUCUUUCAUUAAUGUAUGAAAAAAUGUUUAUUUGAAAAAAUUGUAGGAAAGUGUUGCACACGUCAGCAUCGAGCCAUUUUUUAUGAUACCCUGCUUCUGCAUUCAAACCAAACUCACGAAGACAUUACAGAAACUUUGGAAAGAUUUUUAAAAGACCAGCAUCUGACCCUUCCCAUCUGGAGAGUAUAAUCCACCGUCUGAAGUUACUCAGCGAGGCUCGUCAUCACGGUUCCGUGAAACAAGACUGAAGGUUUGUAAGAACCAGUCAAACUCUUACUGACUUUUCUCUGGUUGUGAAAAUCACAGAGGACUUUGAAGGAAUUGUGGAAUUGUUUGGAGGAAGCUCAGUCACGGUGGUGAAAUGAAGAAGCCACUCCCCGUGAGCAGCACCUGGAAUAGUUCUGGGAACUCUGAACAGGUACACAUGUCUGUCCCCGGCGCCAACAAGAAGUUCAAGAGGAAGUCUCGCGAGCCCAAACGGCUUUUCACGGAAACCAUGACGACCUUCCCCGUGGACGUUUCGGACUCUGACUCGGUGGACGACCAACACAUGGUGACACGAAACGUCAGCAUGCUGGCCCCCCUCCAGAGACAGUUGAUGAUGUCACAGGAGGUGGUGACCAACAGUAGGGGUGUUCUGUCAGGAUUACCAGAGGACGACAUGGCUCCAGGGCAGAGCGGCGCCAUCGACAUGAGGAUUGGCAUCAACGUUCCUGCCAACGGUGCCAGAGUGUCCCAGUCCCCAGAGUCUCCAUCGUCCAACCACGAGAUCUCUCACUGGCACCCUUCCAUCUCCCAGCCUCUGUCCAGCAGACUCAAGAUGGGCCUGCCCUCCACCUUUCCCCUGUCGACAUCAGGUAGCGGCGCCUGUUCUCCGGAUCACCAGGCGUUCCUGCUGGACCACGGUCUACCAGACCCCAGAGCCUCCCAGUCAUCCCAGUGUCUGGAACGCAUGGAAGUCCAGCUUUCACCGAAGGACUCCCCCAGGAAGCGGGCUGGGAUUGGUGGCGAUGGGCGGGGACAUCUUCCAGAGGUCAAAGCCAUCCAGCAGACCAGGAGGCUUCUGGCCAACGCCCGGGAGAGGACCCGGGUGCACACCAUCAGUGCUGCUUUUGAAGCUCUGAGGAAGCAGGUUCCGUGUUACUCAUACGGGCAGAAGCUCUCCAAGCUGGCGAUUCUGCGCAUUGCCUGCAACUACAUCUUGUCUCUGGCUCAGCUGGCAGAGCUGGACUAUAGCCCAGACCAUGGCAGCGUCAGCUUCUCCCAGUGUGUGGACCAGUGUACCAGGACCCUGCAGGCCGAGGGCCGUAGCAAGAAGAGAAAGGAGUGAAGCUGGCAGCAGAUACAGACCUGGAACCAUGAGGAGCAGGACCCGGAGGAGGUGGAUGGACAGAUCCAGGAGCAUCGUAGAUCCAUGUGGUCCAGCAAUAAAGAGAGCAGAACCAUGAACCUGCUCGGACUUCAAGUGUGAGGAAACUCCACGUGGAACCAGGGCCGGCCUCCAAACUCUGGACCUUUGGUUAAAUCAGGUCUCUGCUGUCCUGGUUCAACCCAAACAAUACCUGGAAGCAUUUCCCCCACCAGAUCACACGUUGGAGUUGGUGUUUGUCAGAUCUAUGUGGACGGUUCAGUCUGCUGCAGGACUGUUGAAAUACACAAAGUACAAUGUGUGGAAACUCAUUUUCAGAAAAUUGUCAUGAAAUAUUCUGAAUUAAAUCAACAAAAACUGUGAAAUAAAGAUACUAACACAG